AUGUUCAAGAUGAUGGUGGGCUUACCAGCACGUGGCAAAACGUACAUGGCUCGAAAAUUAGCUCGAUAUUUGCAUUGGAUUGGAAUCAAAACAAAAGUAUUCAAUGUUGGCGACUAUCGUCGUGAUGCUGUAAAAUUCUAUGCAGGCAAGGAAUUUUUUGAUCCUGACAAUGCUGAAGCAGUAGCAAUUCGAAAUCAAUGUGCCCAAAAUGCAUUGGAAGAUAUGUGUAACUUUCUUCAGAACGAAGGUGAAGUGGCCAUAUUUGAUGCAACCAAUACGACCCGUGAGCGACGCCGUACAAUAUACAAUUGUUGUACUGAAACAUACUGUUUUCGUGUGUUUUUUGUCGAAUCAAUUUGUGAUUCGCAAGAAGUCAUUGAAGCAAAUAUUCGAGAAGUGAAACUCAAAAGUCCUGAUUACAAAGACAUACCACAAGCAGAAGCCGUCGAAGAUUUUCUUUCACGUAUUGAACUCUAUGAAAAACAGUAUGAACCCAUUGAUGAUAAGAUAGAAGAAAAGCAUUAUUCAUUUAUCAAAAUUUAUAAUUGUGGUGAACGAUUUCUUGUUCAUAAGAUCGGUGGCAAUAUUCAAAGUCGUGUCGUUUAUUUUCUCAUGAAUAUCCAUGUUCUUCCGAGAACUAUCUAUCUUACUAUGCAUGGUGAAUCAGAAAUGAAUGUUCAACAGCGUAUAGGACGCAAUUCACCCUUAUCACCAACUGGCAAAGCGUAUACCGACGCUCUCGCCCAAUACAUCGCGAAUGAAAACAUCAAGGAUUUGAUUGUUUGGACAAGUCAAAUGCAACAAGCGAUCGACACAGGAGCAAAAAUUAAUGCUCCCCAGGAGCAAUGGAAAGCACUCAAUGGAAUUCAUGCUGGUAUUUUCGAAGGUUUGACCUAUCAAGAAGUGGCUGAACGCUAUCCUGAAGACUUUGCUGCUCGUAAUCGAUCAAAAUACUAUUAUCAAUAUCCGGGAGGAGAGGCAAGUUGUCAUUUUGUCCUGUUUCAUAGACAUGCAUGA